AUGGUUUCGAUGCCGACGCUGGAGGAUCUGGCGGCCCUUUGGGACCUUCCUUGCAAGAGCGAGCAGGCGCGGGCGAAGAGUGGCGAGGGCGCAGCCGUUGCUGAGCGGCAACUGAGCGGCCAGCAGGAAAGCCCUUCCACGUGCAAUUGGUCUGUGCAAGCGGAAUCGCUGCAGUUGCACAAGAGUUCAGAGUUCAGAGCCACUGUUGAGCGAUACCUUAGCCAGAAGCGGAAGAGCCCUUCGAAGCAGAGCUCGCCUGCUGCCACAAGUCCAAGUCCGGCCAAGAGGCCGAAGCAGGAGCUGACUGCCACCGCCGAAGCAAAGCUGCGCUGGCGGGACCUCCUCCAAGACAGCGACGAUUCGGACUCGGACGAGUCCGAUUCCCCGCGCGACACCGAAAGGCUUGUGCGCCGCUUUUCGCAGGAGCAGGAACUGAGCGAAGACAGUGACAGUGAGGACAGCGACAGUGACAGCGAUUCCUGUCUGCCCUCGAAGCAGGCCUUGACAGCCAAACCACAGGUGUGUGAACGGCGCCUGUUCUCCGACAGCGACGAUUCGGAUGCAGACGAGUCUGAUUCCCUGCACGACGCCGUAGGUUUUCUGGCCUACUUCUGA